ACUUCUUGGAGGAACUGAUGUCCUCCUUUCAAACAUCGCAGAAAAUGGCCCACCACUUGUUCUUCUUGGCGACUUCAACAUCCAGUCAGAGAAGUCAUCCGAUCUACUUAUUUUAAUUUCCUCUCUUUCUCUCUCACUUGCUCCUUCUCCACCAACUCAAAAAGCUGGCAACCACCUUGACCUAAUUUUCACCAGAAACUGCUCCACCUCUAACCUCAAGGUAACUCUACUUCAUGUCUCUGGUCAUUUCUUCAUAUCCUACUCUCUCCCACUCUCCCAAUCUGAUGAUCUCAUCUCAUCAGAUAUUGCACUUGUCCGUCUUAACAUUCGAUCUCUCUCCCCCUCCUCUCUGUCCUCAACUGUUCUAUCAGCACUUCCUUCAGCUGACUCCUUCUCCCUCAUGCAUCCCUCUCUUGUUUACAUGUUGCACAACAUCCAAAGGAUACGACCUCUUCUAACCCAGAAGGCAGCACAGGUUCUGGCCCAGCCUCUUGUCAUCUCACGCUUGGACUACUGCAACUCCCUCCUGGCUGGUCUCCCUGCGUGUUCCAUAUGACCUCUGCAACUCAUCCAGAAUGCAGCAGCUCGACUGGUCUUCAACUUACCAAAAUUCUCCCACACUACACCGCUCCUCCACUCCCUUCACUGGCUUCCUAUAGCUGUUCGCAUCCGCUUCAAGACUCGAUCCAUGCUACAAACGGAUCCGGUCCAGCCUAUUUCACCAUUCAAGUGCCACAACUGCAACAACAAUCAACUUUCUACUGAGACAGACAAACCCAACUUAAAGGGUUUUUUCGAUCAGUUUGAUCAAACCUUAAUUAUUUUGGAAGAUUAUUUGUUCUUUAUUCAAUACAUAUUUGAUACUUGCUCUGCUUUCCUUUUCCAGAUCAACGCUGAGUUUAUGCGAAUUACAACAGUUCCCUUGGAGACAAAGUUCUUGGCGCAGUUGGACAAGCACAUGUCCAAACUGCUGGAUGUCAUCAGGAGCAAGGGAGGACGUGUGCAAGAACAGACCAAGAGGACCUUGCAGGUUUUAGAUGAGACUGUGGACAUCACAAUAAGAAGAGAGUGCAUCCUUAAAUCUUUGAUGAUCUACCUGGGUGAACCUGUUCAUCACCUCAUCAAAGAAUACCAGGAAAAUGAAGCUGACGAACUGGAGCAGGCAACGAUGGCUAUCGUUGUCAGUGGACAAGAGGACAUUAAAAUAGUCAUCGAUGGAAUAGAGGUCCUGAAAGAGGUGCCCACAACUGCUGCGGCUGUUGCAAUGUUCUUCGGGCUCACCUACGCACUCAAACUAAAAUAUCCGAAAAAUUUGCAGCACACCCUUGAAUUUGUGCAAAAAGUCCUGAUGGAGCUUGGUGGAAAAAAUAUGUCCCCAAAAGUUCAUAGGCUGAGCACCCUGCUUUACAACCCAGAGUAGGCAGAGUUGAAUUCAACUCACUCGCCUGAUUUUGUUUUCCCAUUGCUGAGAACAAUUUAUAAUGUUUCUACAACCAAGACUUUGUACCCUUUUGAGGUUGGUGUUCGGAGUUUGCACUUGCAUGACAGCAUUUCCACUGCAAUAUUGACAAAAGUUUCUGCCCAAGUUAUCACAGGCACGAGUGGGCAGUGUGCUGAAAACUGGAGAGUGACUGCAUUUGCACUGCAGUGUUUGCACAGAUUUUUGAAUGUCAGAUUUUUUAGCCCAAGAGAGGGCCAGGAGCUACCUCACAUGUUUGCAUUGAAUUAAGGAGAUUCACACAAAUCAUCUGACAACACUUUAUUUUAAGGAAUAAUACCUGUAUUACGUUCCAUUUUGAAAUAGGACAAUUUUCUGAUUUUGUUUUUAGGAGCAUUUUCUGUUACUAUUAGUAACUUAUUUUAGUCAGUAUUUAAUUUACAUUUUCAAGCGAACAAACUGCAUGUAUGGUACAUUUGGUUCUCGCUGAACAGAAACAGACAUUUCUUGGUUGCUCUUUGUAUUUGAGAAGGACUGUUCUAAAGGACUAUGUUUAACUAUUUU